CAACAACAAGCCUCUCAAUCCACCCUCACUAUCCUGAAUCUGUGUCCGUGCGAACUGCAUUAUUUCCUGCAAACUGCAAGACAAACUCCUACAGGCACCGCGAGCCGUCAUGAACUCUGGAAGCUGGGUGGCAAAGCGUUGAAGUGACAGUCAGACGCUGUUCACACCUAGCACUUUCGUCCACGCUCAGCAGGCACUGAGACGAGACAGAGAUGCUGAUGUCUGGGACGCUCCCUCGCCUCCUCCUGGCGGGCACCUGUCUCUGUGUCUACGGGACCCCCGUCCACCUCCAGAGCUACACCAGCGACUGUGACGGAAAGUGUGGCAGCUCGGCAACAUUCGUUGUAUCAACGCACGCCACAGAUAAAGAGCCCACACAACAUGUGACUGGCCUGGUUUUAAAUGUAGAAGGAGGCGCUGGCCCACAUGCACGACCUGAGCGGAGAGCUUCGGUGACGCAGACUGAAAACGGGGACAGCCUCGAUGGAAGAUCUGGGCCGAGCGAGGCUGGAGGAGAGGCACGGAGCCAAAGGAGCAGGGUAAAGAAGGACGGGAGCUCGUCUGAGAUGGGGGACGGGAGCAGACAGUCGGCUUCAGGGCUGUCUGCUGAUCCACACGGUGGGAAGGUGCCUGUGUCCGAUCCUACAGGUGGGACGGAGCAGGUGGACUCAGCAGUGAGGUCAGCAAGGUCGACUCCAGAUGGAUUUUCAUCCUCCUUCACAACGCCAUCACAGCUGGGCAUCACAUCCAGGCAGGUCAGAGACCAAAGUGAGGAGGACUGGUCCAAAGUACCUGGUGAUUCUCUGGAGGACUCGGAAACAAGCUUGCCAUCCUCUACAGAACCUCCAAACUCUGGAUUAUGGAUCCAGAAACUGACCUCCCGCAGUCCCAUCCCUCCCUCUGUCUUUGCCUCCCCUCAAACCUACACACAUUUGUCAAUUUGGGGUCAUAAUGGAGCUACAAUGUCCUCCCUUCCAGACCCCUUGUUACCUGAACUGGGACCAAACCUGAUGCCCAGAGAGGAUGGACCUGAGAGCCUGUGGACUGAGGCAGCAAGGCCCGGGGAUGUGGACACUGUGGUCCCGCCCUCUGAGGACGAGGCCACUGAGGGCACCAUGUCUUCAGAGGCUCUCCCUCUCAUCUUCGAGCCUUUCGAAGAUGUGACAGCGGAGGGGGGGGCAGCAGAGGCCGUGGCAGCGGUCACCGCGGUGCCCGGCAGCGCUCAGCCUCCUGCUGCCAUGGCGACAGGAGGAAUGCAUCAGGUAGAUCUGGACCAGCUGGUCACCGUGGAGACAGACAGCGACGGUCCCUCACACGCCCUGCCACUGCUGAUGCCAGACUGGACGUCAUCGUGGCAGGCGUCCGGCGGGGAGCUGCUGGAGCCAAUCGGAUCCUUGGGACCGUCUGUCUCAGAGCGGAGGGGCGGAGCCGAGGAUCAAACUGAGAGAGGUGAUGUGAGGACAGCAAACCUUGAGGAGAACUUGCCCACCACCGACCCCUCCUUCUCAUCCCUCCAGCAUGCUAUGACAACGGUAUCCAUGGCAACCCAUCAUCCGGUGCACAAAUCCAGAUCAGGGUUAGAGGAGAUGGAGUCUGAGGAGGAGACAGAUGAAGAGGAUGAGGAUGAGAACUCUGAGGAAUCGAUCGAGGAUGACAGCGAGGAGGACCUAACAGAGACACCUAAAACCUUCUCAACGAGGCUUCCGUACAGCCUCAUCCCUCCACCUCCUCUCUGGGUCCAACGCAACCAGGGGCUGAUGCGGAGCUGGUUAGAGUUGAUCAGAGAAAAGGCGGGUUAUGUGUCCGGGAUGUUGGCCCCUGUGGGCAUAGGCAUCACUGGGGCCCUGUUAAUCGUCUGCGCCCUCUACAGCAUCAGGAUGAUUCACAGCUUCAAACACCAGAGGAGGAAGGUCAGGCAGCAAGAGCAACCUCGAGAGCCGGGGACCAGCCGUCAGGACCAGGCCAUGCUGCUGGCUGAUAGCUCUGAAGAUGAGUUCUGAUGAGACCCUGCUGGGCUCUUUUUGUCGGUGACCAAUAGCUGAUGCUCCUGUAAUGGAGGCUCAGCAAACAACCCCAUCACUAUGACUACAGCAUCUCCCAUCACCCUGGGCUGUUUGGCUAUGACUCAUCUGAUCCACAGAGUGUGACUGAGUAGAGGACACAAUUUGCACAGGCUGCACAAAGUUCCGCUUUGUAUCCCACCACUUCUAAAAGAACCAAUGUGAGCACUUUUCUGAAUGUUGUCAGGUGAUGUUGACUCUAAUGGCUUGGCAAGGCUGGCGUGAUGUACUUCAACAUAAAAGAUUAUAUUGAUGCUUCUAAAAAAAAUGCAUCAGCAGGGUAAUGGCAGGAUUAUAGUGUUGCUGAUAAAUUGUUGGAGUUGAGAGGCAAAAUGUGGACCAGCAGGAUUUCUGUCAAGCAGUGAAAAAGGGCUGUAGAAGAGAUACAUCACAUCAACAAUGUAGGCCUACAUAUAUUUACCGUAUAUGUAACUGACUUGGGGUCAGUUGUUUGAGUGUAAAUACAUUUGUAUUUCUUGCUAAAUGUGGAUAUUUAUAUUAUUCAACAGUUUGUUUAAUAUGCUUAUUUGUUUUUUUUUGCCAAUAGUUAGAUGACAAGAAUGAUAGCACUCUCAAAUCUCAGUUAGCUGGAGCUAGCAGCCGGUUAGCCUAGCAUGAAGAAUGGAGGGAAACAGCUAGCUUUGCCCCUGUUCAACAAACUAAACCUUUUAAAACUCAUUUUGGUUUGUUUAACACAUAUCAGAAAAUAAGUGUUAAAUUGAUAAGUUGCUGUGGAAACGUGUCAAACAUUUAUUCGGCUUAGAGCAGUGACUGCCUGGAGUCUAUACCUUACAACUGCUAGCUGCUAACCGGUAUCCAGAUUUUAUAACAUUUCAACAGAACCAGGCUUGCUGUUUCCAGCUUUCAUGCUAAAUUCACCAAUUCCUGGAUGAAACAUAGCUUCAUAUUUAACACAUUGGUAACUACAUUUUCAUCAAACUAUAUACAAAAAAAUGAAUAAGCAUGUUUCCCAAAAUGUUUAAGUAUUGCCUUAAACCAAAUGUUCCACACAUUUCAGAUACCUUUACAUAUAAUUAAUUGCUUCAUUUAAAUGUACAUUUUCUGGAUUUGUUUUAAAUCUAUUGUUCAAAAGCAUUUGUUCACACCCUUUAUAUAUACAGUCUAUGGUUCACACACACACACACACACACAGCUAAUUUUAACAUCUAAUAAUCUGUAGUACAAGAUACCAUUGUCCCUCAAAAAUAUGAGGCAUAAAACCUCCCCCCCAUCAAUAUGAGGCAUAAAACCUCCCCCCAUCAAUAUGAAUUCAUCGUUUUUGCAAUUUGCAAAAAGUGUUUUUAAGUGCAUGACUAUUAAGUCUGUUCAUACACAGCCCUGUUGCAGUGACUUUAAUUAUAAUGAAUGAAGGGUUUAUGUUGGCUGGAAAAGCACAAACAUUGAAGACACUGGGGCAGAAGUUCAUAUUUUCACAAGUUAAUUAAAAGAUAAUUUUUCAGUAGCCUACUUGUGUGGUUAUCUGCUUCAGAGAAGGGCAGACAAAGACAUUUUGACAAACAUGUCUGCCCCAUGAAUUUUAGAUUUCUGUUAUCAACUAUGUAAGCAAAUACAGUUCUUGAGUUUGGAAGAAAACAGGAAAUUGUUAAUAAAAAACCUUUCUGCUAUAGUUCAGACAGUACGUAUUUCAAAACACUCAUCCGAGCCAUGUUUUUCACGACAUUAAUACAUAGUGCUGUCUUUUGUUCAAAAGGAAAAUAUUUUCAGUAAUUUCAGUCCUGAUAUGCUUAAUGUACAACUGCCUGUUAAUAUGCAAUAAUACUGUUUUAGGGUAAGUGUGAUGUAAAAUAGUGGAAACUUUUUUCUCUGUGUAAAUAAUUCAACAUGUGAUCAAAUAAACAAUUCUUUAAGAUGUCUUAUUUCAACUCUCUUAUGAUGUAGCUAAAGUGUGAACUAUGUUUUAAAUGGAAACCACUUCAGACAGCAGACAUGACCCAGUUUACAGCAUUAAAAAAAUCAAAUAAUUUAUUUCUGUGUUCUUUUUCCACAUUAAAUAAAAGCUAUCGGACAUUUCCAGAUCAAAAUCAAGAGAGGGGACAGGGAAGAGGAACUGGGGGAACAGAAAUCUGACAUGCAAAAAAACCUUUUGUUCUCCCCUUUGCACACUCCGUAGAUGGCGUUGGAGGCGUAGCUGGCCGCCCCGAAAAGACUGCAGGAAGCCUCUGUGGUUGGUUGGUUGGUUGCAGGAACACAGCUUUUUGUGGUGCAGCAUGACAGCCAAGACACAUUUUCUUUAUCCGACCCGCAAACUGGUUACUGGGAAAUGUAUAAUUGUAACACUAGAAAUGUAGGAUAGGCAGAUGUCGCCCCAGGUGAGCAGAGAAUUGGGCGUGUGAUUGUUAGAGUAAGCUACCUGAAAAGCACAGCGGACGUCCAGGAGGAGUAAAGAAAACUGCCUCUGACAUCUGUGAACACUGAACUGGCAUUGUAAAGUCAAAAACUUUUUUCCCAAAUGCAUUGUCAUUAAAACACAGCAGGCCUGAUAUUGAUGACGAAGCCCUUCAGUCUGUGAUGAGCUAAACUGAGCGCUUUGGCUCUUUGUGACAGGCUGUAAUGCCCAUAUGGAACUGCCAGAGUUUCACAGGAGUAAAGCAAAAAAAAAAAAAAGAUAACACUUUUCCUUCGACAUCUAAAACAUCUCCUCGUACUGACAGCUGGUUUUAAGAACAGACAGGUUCCUUUUGUACCUAUCAUGUCCCUUCGUCUAUCACUGUCACUGUAUAAAAGAAGAGAAAGGGCAAGGGAAGUGAGAGAACACAUGAGGGGAGACAAAUGUCCAACACAGGGACACGUUAUACCUCCAAAAUAAACCAGGAGUUUACACAGGGUGAUCAUUUAAAUUUAAAGAGUGUCAGAUGAGCAGUAAAGAUAAUAGUUUGUGUUCACGGUGUAGAGUGUUUUUUUGUAUGCCCACUGUGAAUCGCUCAUAGUCCUCGUUAAGCCUCUGGAUGGGCUAAAGUAGCACAGAAAUUAAAAAUAAAAAUCACAAUCGGAUAAAUCAACCCAAACCGCCCCCUUCCCAACAGAUGAUUCACCCAAAAAAAAAACAUGCUUUCAAUAUAUCCGAGGAAUAGAACAACACUCGUAUACAAAUCUGAAAAACAAACAAAAAUAGGUCUGGUCUGUUCUAAAUGCACACAGACACAAACGUACAUACACAGGCUGUUAUGGGGGUGGCGACUCUGUAAACAUCUACUUCAGUCUGAAGGAAAAUAAUCCCGAAAUAUGAACAAGGUCCUGUAGUGUCAUUCAUGGAGACUAGCUAUCAAAUAAUUUAUACAUCCAACUACCACAAAUGUUUGCUGGAGACUUUGAUCUGUAGUCAAUAUUUUGGAGCAGAUUUGAUUCUGAAUGCGCCCCAAGGCAGUGUCCUGCAUUGAAUAUUGUAGACAGCAUAAAAGCAUGCAAUGUCCGAUUGCAUAAUUUGAAGUUUUCUUAAUUUAAAAACCUGUAACGCAGGUUGUUUUCCAAAAUAUCUAAGCUGAUUUAGGGUUUAUCCUCUCUUCAACCAAACAGUCUCCAGUCUUUCCACCACAUUGAGCACUUACUCGUAUCCUUGAAAGUAAAAAAAAAAAAAAAGUCUGCCUUUUCUUCUUCUUUCCUGUUGUCCUU